AUGGCAGCAAGGAAACCCCAGGACUCGCUCCGUUCGCGCGUCAGAGACUUACUAGGUGGAAGAGUACGACGAGACGCAUCGAAUGAGACCAUCCAAGGUGAGAAGGCGGCGACUGAGAAGAAUGGCCUGGCAGAGCCGCCAUCGUACGACGAGAUUGCUUCGGACGAUCGAAAACUAGACCCCAUCGUUCGAAAUACACACCACAACCACCUUCGCAGCCCUCUCGUGCGGCUACCCGAUGCCCUCCUCGUCCGCCUCAUGUCCGCCCUCGACCUCGACACCCUCCUGACCCUCCGCCACACCUCCCGGGACUUUAUGCGUCUCUUCUCCACCGAACCCGUCUUCGCGAAGCACCACCUAGACGCCUUCCCCGAGCAGGGGCGGUGGACCUAUACCGCUCUCGUCUGGGCACCACCGAGCGACGCCUUCCCGCGCCAAGCCGCCCACCGUCCCGGUUCGUGGUGCUCCGCGUGCUUGGAGAGGCACCCGGAGACGCCUUCGCUGUACUGCUCGCUGUGCAAGACCUCCUUGGAGGGUGCGUGCUUCUCCGAGUUUGCGAGGCACGAGAGUUUUACUGAUGCGGACCGCAUCUGCCUCGGGCACCAGCUGGCCCUGCGGGUGUGCGAGCACACGGCGCUGCACUACCAGCAGGUGCGGCACAUGGGCACGCGCGGCGGCGCGAUGGAUCACGCCUGCCGCCCGCCGCGCAGCGUGGAAGGUCGCAGGUGCACGGCAGCGCGGUGCCGCGACGGCAAGACGGGCAUCCAAUGCUACAAGAGAGAAGGCUCGGGCGGCACCAUGCAGCUGGAGGUCGGGUCCUCGGUGCACAUCAAAUUCAAGCGCCUGCCGUCGGGGAGGAUGUGCCCGGCCAGCAUACGUGGGGAGCUCGCGGCCGCGCGUGGGAUGGGCCGCGGCGUCGGGCGCCAGUGGAUGGCCGGCGGCCGGUGCUUCCCCUGGGUGGAUCCGAUGCGGGCGUUUGACCCGAACGUCUGCGACUGCGUGGAGUGGGUGCCCGCCGGCGCCGCGUCCGGCUCGCACGCGCGAUGGCAGGCGGCGUGCGCGGCGCGACUCGGCUGUCGGGGACGACUACACGAGCGCGGCCGGCCGCUGCGCGUCGAGGCGGCACGGCUUCGACGCGGUGCGCGAGGGUGUCGAGGUCAGCGUUGA